GCCAGGCCCGACUGGCAGCUUGGCCCUCGGGACCUCGUGGGGAAGCUGUCCGCGUUUCGGACCUGGCCUUCGAGGUCCCCAACAUCCCUCCUCCCGCCGUCUGAGGGAGGGGUGGGGCAAGGCGGGGAGCCGGACUUCUCCUGCGCCCGCGGGGCCGAGGCCGCCCGCCCUCGCGCUGCGACCCAUCUCCCACAGUUCCGGCCCUCUCUCCUGGGCCCUGCGGGGAGGAGAGGGGUAGCUCCCGCCCCGAGGAGGCCGAGGCGGGCACUGCCAGGCCUCCCUCCCUGACCCUGCCCUGCACAGCGCCCGGCACACCGUCGGGGCCUCCUAAAUGCUGGUUGACGGACCGAUCGAUAUUGAUGCAACUACCCCCACUAAAAUGUACCUGUCUCCUUGCUGUGUAGAAGUGGGUGUCCCGCUGGGGUGGACCUGCCUUAGGCACCUCAGUGGGUCUUUUUCGGCCACAGCCGCUCUAGAAGAGUGAGCCACCUCAGGGGGUUGCAUCUCAUACCUAAGAGGUCACAGAUUCUGGAAGGACCGAAGUUCCCUCUGUGCCCAGCAACAGGAAUGUUUGUCAGGUGAGAUGGCAGCAGUGGGGCCAGAGCAUGAGUCACCUCCCAUUGCACCUCCUCUCAGCUUCUCACCUGGGACACAGUCUGGACUUCAGCACCACCAGGCUUUGCUUCACCUCUAUGAUCAUGAUUGUAAAACUUUUAAUAAGAAAGAGGAGGCUGUAUCAAAGCAAAACAUUAUGGAAGACAGAAAGUCACAUGGAAUAAUAUGGGAAAAAUUCCUAAGUGAAGCUUCUCAGGGACAGAAGUUUACAGAAGUUUCUGAAAUGCAGGACAGUUUAGAAAGGCAGAAAGAGGCCCUUUGUAGAACUAUCAUUUACAAAAUAACUCCUGGAGGAAAAAUAAGCCAUGAACAUAAAGACUAUAAAAGAAGCUUUCAUCUGAGCUCAAACAUUGGACUUCAGGAAAGUCAUAAAGGAGAGAGACCCCACAAAUGUGAAGCAUGUGGUAAAAGCUUCAAAUUUCAGUCAGGUAUUAUUAAACACUUGAGACUUCACACUGGAGAGAAGCCUUAUGAAUGUAAGGAAUGUGGAAAAUUCUUUAGCCAGAGCUCAGAUGUUACCAAACACCAGCGAAUUCAUACUGGGGAAAAACCCUAUGAAUGUAAUGAUUGUGGGAAAACUUUCAUUCAUAGCUCACAUGUUAUUAGACAUCAAAGAAUUCAUAAUGGAGAGAAGCCCUAUCAAUGCAGUGAAUGUGGAAAAGCUUUUAGCCAGAGCUCAAACCUUAUUCGACAUCAGAGAAUUCAUACUGGAGAAAAGCCCUAUGAAUGUAAUCAUUGUGGCAGAUCUUUUAAUCAGUUUUCAUUACUUAUAGAACAUGAGAGAAUUCAUACUGGAGAGAAACCAUAUCAAUGUAAGGAAUGUGGAAAAACAUUUAGUCACAGCUCUGAUGUUAUUAAACAUCAGAGAAUUCAUACUGGAGAGAAGCCCUAUAUAUGUCAUGAGUGUGGAAAAACCUUCAGUCGUAGCUCAGGUGUUAUAAAUCAUCAGAGAAUUCAUACUGGAGAAAAGCCCUAUGUAUGUAACAAAUGUGGAAAAGCCUUUAGAGGGUGGUCUGGCUUUGUUCAACAUCAGAGAACUCAUUCUGGAGAAAAGCCUUAUAAAUGUAGUGAAUGCGGAAAAGCUUUUAUUCGGAGCACACAGCUUAUCAAGCAUCAGAGAAUUCAUGCUCAAGAGCACAUUCCAAAGAAUAAACCAGCUAAUGUAGUAAAAAAAGAAAAAGGAGCAUCUGGGAGAGCAGAGAAUCCAGUUUAAAGCAUCUUUUCUAAGGUUUUUAAGUUCUUGGAGGUCAGGCCUUUAACUUGCAUUAUACAGCACUUAACGAACCAUCUCAUAAGAGUUGCUAAA